AUGAAAUUACUUCUAUUUUCAACCUUUUCUCAAUCUUUCGGGAUCGAGUUAGAUUUGACUUGUGAGCAGAGAACGACAAUUUCCGGCUUAACUUGUCAGCAUUGGUCCUCUCAAACGCCCCAUCCUCACGAGUUUUCGCCAGAUGUAACCUCAAAAUAUUCGAUUCCAGAUGACAACAUCUGCCUAUCACUUCAUUUUGACGAGCCCUGGUGCUUUACUACUGACGAGAAUGUCCGAUGGGAAGCCUGCUUUCCCUGCGAAUCAGAUUCUGAUGAAUCAUCAACUGAAGUGCCUCCUGGAACAACGGAUCUCCCUCAAACUACUGAAGCAUCAACACAGGUUCCGACGACAAUAAUGACCCGACCAGCGAUUCAAUGUGAAGAUCCGGCAGUUACAGUGGAUGAUUCAUGCGUUCAGAUAACCUCGACAAAAGAACUCUUUGCAAUGUCUUCCGGCACCGAUAUUUCUCUUUCAUUCACGAUCCCUGGAGACCUGUUUUCUUCCUCCGCAUCUGUUUUGAUUGAAUUUCCGGGAACAGUGCACAAUGUCGACUUUUUCGGAAUUUCUGGCGCCGAGGCGCAACGAUUCGAUUUCAAGCGCUUUCACAUUCUCCUCUCGGACGACUUCGAUUCUGAGAGUGAAGUUGAAAUCAUCGGCUUUCUCGCUGGUUCAAACACUGAUGGCGAAGAAAUUCAUGUCUGCGCCUCUGGCGGAAAUUUCAAAGAAAGCUGCUCUUCCGAAGAGUCGGAGGACCAAAAUCCCUGUCUAACAGAAUGCUGGACUUAUGAUGACAACUCGGGGAGCUGCUUUGUUUCGCCCGAUUUCGUCUCUGUCAGCUGUGGGCUGGCGAGUUUGAGUGUCGAAUAUGAUGCCUGUGUUUUUCCGGAGAAUUAUGAUAGCUGGAGCUUGGAUGGUUUUUCAUCAAGAAUUCUUUGCGGUGGAAACUCAGACACAGUUUUGUCGAAGAACUUGACCUUCUCGGAAGGAAUCGACUGCGGCUUUGAACCAUUUGAGACAGAAGAAACCCUCGGGCUGCGAAAUACAGUCGAGGCUUUUCAUCAAUGGGACUCGGAGGAUAUUCUGAAUCUCGGAGAAGUGAACUGCGAAUACUCGAGAAAUUUGAUCAUCAAAGACGAUAUACACAAGCAGCUCGAGACGAAUAAUUAUACAAUCGAUCCGGAAACGAUUCACAAUUUUGCAACGAAUUUGCGGCUGACUCCGUCGAAGAAUGAAGUCGCUAUUGGCGAGAUGGUCACUUUCGCUCUUGAGAAUUUGGGAGAAGAGCUUUUCUUUGACUAUCAUUUUACCAGCUGUUCUGGAGAGUGUCAAACGAGCCAAUACGAGUUCUUCAACUUUGAAAAUCCAUGCGUCGAAAGCGUCAUCAACUUUUCCCUUUUAUCGCCCAUUUCAUUCGAGCUUCAACACUUUGUUUUUGUCAAUUGCGACUCGUUAACUGUUGCUUGCGUCGUUCAACUUUGCGUUGAUCAAUGCCCACAAGUUGAAACUUGCUGA